AUGAUUCUUACAGUGUUUUUAAUUCCAGCGGUUCUAUACUCGGAUAAACUUAUUAAAAACAGUUAUUGUAUGAGUUUUAUAUUUAGAAGGUUCGCAAAACUGUACCCAGUGACUAAAAUGGCAUCAAGUUCUAUGGACCCACUAGUGGGAAAGAAGCUGCCAGGCGAGGCGUUAAACGUGCCCCUGGUGACACAUCUGGGCGAGACGACGUCGCUGAAGAAGAUCCUGGAGGAGUUGCCGACAAACUACAAGGGGCUGGUGAUGUUCCUGUUCCCAUCGGCAGGAACGCCGGGAUGCACGAAGCAGGCGUGCAACUUCACGAGCAGCCACCAGUCAUUCAAGAGCAAGGGCUACGAGGUGUACGGCCUGACGAGCUCGGAGAGGAGUCCAGCAGGCAAAUGGACGGAGAAGCACGGCCUGACCUUCACGACGCUGGUGGACAAGGAGAUGAAGCUCGUGGACCACCUGGACUGCAGAAAGAUGCACCUGUUCGUGAAGAGGUCGCACCUGGUUCUCUCGCGUGACGGAGAAGUGUUGGCCUUCGAAAAGGGCGUGAAUGCAGGUACGGAAAACAAGUCAAAAAUGCGCAUUUAG